GGCAAUCUGUUCCCAGAUCAGUGACUUUAUCGGCCGCCAUCCCGUUCCCGUUGUUUCGUUGCCCAUCGCCGUGAGCGUUGAUGGUGAGCCCAAGGAUACGUUUCCGAACGCGUGCCCUAAUUGAAUAAUGUUUCGACUCUCGUCAAACGAGCAACGCACCGAAACACCAUUUACACCAGCUUCCUAUGGCCCUCCAGCCUUGUUGGUGGUUUUGAAACUGCUCAGCCUUUUGGUGCUGGUGCCAAUAAUCGAUGGCUCGUUGCUGCCGACAGAACAAUCGUCCCGUGAAGGAGCGAACGGUAACUUAUUCGCUUCCGCAGCAUCCGCGGGCUGUGCAGCUGGGAGUAAGUGCAUGCGUUUAUUGCUGUGCCCGGAAGUGGACCGGAUGGCGAUCGUGAGGUAUCUUUCACGCCCAUCCUACCUUCGGCCGCCCCCGGAGCGUCGCUGGGAAAACUAUUACUGGCGCCGAUGCACGCUGGAAGAGGCAGACGGUCAGUUUGAAGGUAUUUGUUGUCCACCGCGAAAACACACCGAACGAGAACCGUGGGACCCUUUUGCUGAGGCAGAUGAAGAGCACUUUCAGAACGAUGAAGUUUUACUGCAAGCUGAAUUGUUUGGCCAAUGGGAGACGGAGAAGUUUCGCGAAAAGGCAAAUGGCGUCGAUGAUGAGGUGAGCUUUCACGGUGGAUUCCACGGUCCGGGCGAUGUACUUCCGGCAGAGUGGGUCUGGGCCGGGUUGAAAGAUGUGCUCAAAAGGCAAGCCCUUCACAGGAUAACAAAUGGAACGGGAAAAGUUGGCUUCCGGCGACAAAAACGGUGCCUUCUCGGUAAGGCUCGCUGUGAAAAACCACAUUCCCGGUAUCGGCGAUUCGAUGGUCGCUGCAACAAUAUCGCUCCCGGGGGCAGCCUCUGGGGUUCGGCCGGUUAUCCGAUGGGGCGAGUGCUUCCACCAGCGUACGACGACGGUAUUUGGUCUCCCCGGACCGUCUCUGUGACUGGCCGCUAUCUUCCGACGGCCCGCAAACUCUCCUCAACGCUGUUUGCCGAUCUGCAUCAACCGCACGAGCACUACAAUGUACUUCUGAUGCAGUUCGGUCAGUUCCUGGCACACGAUUUCUCGCGCAACUCCCUGAUCGGUUCAAGCUCCAAGUGCUGCACGCCCGACGGGUCACGCCGGCAUCCCGAAGCCUCACCCGGUUGUAUGUCGAUCCCGGUCUCGAGCGGGGAUGACUUCUACGGGCAGCAUGGGGUGCGCUGUAUGCACUUUAUGCGCUCGGCCGUGGCACCGAUGGACGACUGCUCGGCGCCGCACGGAAGGCAACUUUCCGCAGUAAGUCACUUCAUUGACGGAUCGCCCAUCUACGGUGUUACAAACGAGCAGGCCCACGGUUUGCGGGCACACGAGGGUGGCCGGCUAAAGUCGCUGAACCAUCGCCGGUACCAUAACGAGCUGCCACCGCUCGAAAAAGCCGAGGGCGCCUGUGAAAAGUGGGCCGAGCUGUGUUUCCGGACCGGAGAUGGCCGCUCAAACCAACUGAUUUCGCUCGUCGCCGUCCAUACGCUGAUGCUGCGGGAACAUAACCGGGUUGCCAGGGGCUUACAUCGACUCAACCCACACUGGAGCGAUGGGACGCUCUUCCAGGAGGCACGCCGGAUUGUCGUUGGUCAGCUGCAGCAUAUCGUUUACAACGAGUACCUGCCGAAGGUGGUUGGGCAAAGGUACGCCACCUUGUACGGGUUGCAUCCGACGCGUGGCGAGUACAGUGACGCUUACAGUGACCGUGUGGACCCAUCCGUCACGAGCGAGUUCACCGUCGCGGCGUUCCGGUUUGGCCACUCCACGGUUCCAUCGAAGUUUGAGCUAAAGGACGGUCCGGUUGACACGUGGCACACGUUCCUCGAUCCGACACGUUUCCGCGAGCGAACGUUUUACGACGACCUUUUCCAAACUCUGCAGCGCCAGCCGAUGCAGUCCGUCGACGAGCUGUUCUCGAGCAGCGUGACACGCUUCCUGGACGUGAAGGCGGGAAAACCAUACGGCGUCGACCUGUCCGCCAUCAACAUCCAGCGAGGGCGCGAUCAUGCCAUCCGGCCGUACAACGACUACCGCCGGUUGGUCGGAAAGGCGGGUGUGUCCAGUUUCGAUGACUUUGGGGAGGAAGUGGGCCGCAAGUUGCGUUCCCUGUACGCACAUCCGGACGAUGUGGAUCUGUACGUUGGCGGUGUGCUGGAGACGCCGAUCGAGGGGGCCGUGGUGGGUGAAACGUUUGCCGAACUGAUCAGUGAGCAGUUUUCCCGGUUCAGGAAGGGUGAUCGGUACUUCUACAGCCACGGACCGGCAUCCAACCCCGGCCAUUUUACGCUGCCCCAGCUGAAGGCCAUCCAGCAGACUACGAUGGCCGCACUAAUUUGUGCUAAUGCGGGAGACGCCCAUGAGAUGUACGUCGUGCCGGAUGCGUUCGCUCUACCGCACGAAGGAAACCGGCCAGUAUCCUGUACGUCUCCGGACGUACCCCGGCUGGACCUCGAGUGGUGGAAAGAUUAGUUUUACCGUUUUCUAGUUUAUUUCGUUUUUAUCCUUCACUUUCAUGUGUCGUGUUCACUAGAAUGCAUUCGGAGUGCAUUCGCUAUAUUGUCGAAAAUAUAGACAGCUUCGUUUCGUUACAAAUCGCA